AUGGCAUCGAGAGCGUCCGGAAGUGCCACCGCCCUUCGCCGCCUGAUGACAGAGUACAAGCAGCUGACUUCGGGAGGCUCUCCAGAUGGGAUGUUCACAGCUGGUCCCAUCUCCGAGUCCGAUUUCUUCACUUGGGAAGCACUAAUCUGCGGCCCCAAAGACACGCCAUUUGAGGGCGGUGUGUUCACCGCGAAGCUGACUUUCCCCCAGGACUAUCCGCUUUCACCGUUCAAGAUGAAGUUCGAUCCGCCUUUGUUCCAUCCCAACAUCUACGCAGAUGGGAAUGUGUGCAUCUCGAUCCUCCACACGCCCGGAGAUGACCCCACAAUGUACGAACAGGCCUCAGAGCGCUGGAGUCCCGUCCAGAGCGUCGAGAAGGUUAUUCUCAGCGUCAUUUCCAUGCUUGCUGAACCGAAUCUUGAAAGUGGUGCCAAUAUCGAUUGCUGCAAGCUCUACCGUGACAACCGACAGGAAUACGAACGCAUCGUGCGAGAAUCUAUUAAGGAACAACUGGGCCUUUAG